GUGAUUCGGCACAUGUGUAGCUGUUGUCAUGCUGUGUUCAAAUCAUGAGCGAUCAGUAAUAGUGUAAAUAGUUAAACCGGGGCAGAUGGAUAUCAUAUGUCUGCACACAAACCGCUGCAGAACAUGACAGCCUAUGUGACAGAUUCAUAAACCAAUAACUAAUAGAUGUUUUAAGUUUACUCACAUGCUCAGUCGUCGGUGAGAUCUCGAAUGUCCAGCAGCUCGUAGCGCGUCGUUUAGUCCGGUUUCCGCGUCUUGAGCGUUCGGGCUCGCUUCUUUUCUGGUUCUGGGUCGGGUUUGGUCUGGUUGAGGAUGUUUGUGCUGGUGGAGAUGGUGGACACGGUCCGGAUUCCGCCGUGGAGUUUCCACCGACAGCUGAACGACGCGAUCGCCGAAGAACUCAACAAGAAACUCGCCAACAAGGUGGUGUAUAACGUGGGUUUGUGUAUCUGUCUGUAUGACAUCACUAAACUGGAGGAUUCCUACAUCUUUCCUGGAGACGGAGCAUCUCAUACUAAAGUUCAUUUCCGAUAUGUGGUUUUCCACCCUUUCCUGGAUGAGAUUCUGGUUGGAAAGAUUAAAGGCUGCAGUGCUGAAGGUGUUCAUGUGACCCUCGGAUUCUUUGAUGACAUCAUAAUCCCGCCAGAGUCGCUACAGCAACCGGCUAAAUUCGAUGAGGCGGAGCAGGUAUGGGUGUGGGAGUACGAGACGGACGAGGGUGCUCACGACCUCUACAUGGACCAGGGCGAGGAGAUUCGCUUCCGGGUGGUGGACGAGGUCUUUAUCGACACGUCGCCCACCGGUCCCAGCACAGAGAAGGAAGGGCCGUGCACAGCCGGCACAGCGCCACCUGCAGGAGCGGAGGACAGUGCGCAGCAGAAAGAGGCUCCAUACACACUCAUAGGAUCUGUAAGUGAACCAGGUCUGGGUCUUUUGUCCUGGUGGAACAAUUAACACUGUCUUCUGUGUUAUGAACUGUGAUAAGACUCAUAAGACUCACUUACUCCAUGAACUGAAGCUCUUUGGACCAAUCAGUGAGCAGCUGAUGCCGACCAAUAGGAGACACUUAAUAAAAGAGCCGUUUAUAAUGAUUUAAAUAGGAUUCAUGUUUUUGUUUUUGUUUUUUUGGAGGAUUGUGAUAUAUUGAGUCUACUUAAAGAUUUGCUCUGUCAUAUUUUACUUUAUAGAUAAAUUCUAUAAAAAAAAAUUCUAUAAAUACAUUUCAAAAAUUGAACUGGUGUGAUUAUGUAUAUAUGCUUUUUGGAUUUAUCCCCUGCUUUUUACAACAUUAAAAUGGAAUUAUAAUUAAUUUUUAUAUAUAGUAAAAGAGUGCUAAACUUUUUUUUCUUUUUCUCUAUGUUAGGUUAAGGACUUUUGAACUGUCUCUUCAUAGUUCGUGAAUAAAUGUUUUAUAACAGAA